UCCAACAGAAUCUCCUUAAAAAAAGUUUCCAAAUUGAUGAAAUAAAUUAUUUUAUCGUGGAUUAGUUGAGGAAGAAAUCCAGAGGCCAGACGACAGUAGAAAGUGGACUCCAUGCAUACAACUCCAUAAAACCAAAACAUCCAAAACUAAUCGGAAUCUUCUUCCAUUGAUGCUCUGAGAAAUCCUUGACAUCAUUUGUAAACGGCACAUAUCAACGCUUCAGAGAAUCUAUCCAGGUAUAAGAGAUUGAACUUCCACCAAAUUACCGAUCCCUUUGUUUUGAGAUACAGCAACGAUUUAGCAACAAAAUUGAUUUCUGUUUCGGUUUUUCCGUAAAAGGGGAAUUUCAAAUGUUUAUGUUGCGUUACCAAAUAUAGAAGAUUGGUUAAUCUUCCGCAUUAAUCAAAUGGGGGGCAAGAGUUCUAAGAAUUCAAAGCCAAAAGGAGGGAAGUAUAGCCAAUCGACAUCAUCUUGUUCAAACAAUCAGUACGGCGGUUAUCCUUCGCAGCCAUCUUCCUCUACUCCGGCCUACGGCGCACAACCUCCUAAACCACAAAAGAAGCUCGAGAAACGAUAUUCACGAAUCGCUGAUAAUUACAAUUCUCUAGAACAGGUGACACAGGCUCUUUCAAAUGCAGGACUCGAAUCUUCCAACCUCAUCGUCGGCAUUGAUUUCACCAAAAGCAAUGAAUGGACAGGUUCACAAUCCUUCAAUGGAAAAAGCUUACAUCAUAUUUCAGAUCAUAGUCUAAACCCCUAUGAACAUGCCAUAUCCAUCAUCGGGAAGACAUUAGCAGAUUUUGAUGAAGAUAACUUGAUUCCAUGUUAUGGAUUUGGAGAUGCAACAACACAUGAGAAAGCUGUUUUCAGUUUUUAUCAUGAAGAUAGAUUCUGUAAUGGAUUUGAAGAUGUGUUAAGUAGAUACAGAGAAAUUGUCCCUCAUCUAAAUCUUUCAGGUCCCACAUCUUUUGCCCCUGUGAUUGAACAAGCUAUGGCAAUUGUUGAUCAAAGUGGAGGCCAAUACCAUGUCCUAUUAAUCAUCGCUGAUGGGCAAGUUGGUCAUUCAGAAGAAAAGAAAACUAUAGAAGCCAUAGUCAAAGCAAGCAAGCUUCCACUCUCUAUAGUGUUAGUCGGGGUAGGAGAUGGGCCUUGGGGGAUGAUGAAGGAUUUUGACGAUAAUAUCCCUAAUCGUGACUUUGAUAAUUUUCAGUUUGUGAAUUUUACAGAAAUUAUGUCAAAAACAUAUUUGCCUUCAAAUCGAAAAGAGACAGAAUUUGCUCUUUCAGCAUUGAUGGAAAUCCCUUCUCAAUAUAAAGCAACAAUUGAACUACAUUUACUUGGGAAUCGCGGAGGAAUAUUCCACCAGAGGGCCGCCCUACCACCGCCAGUUGGUCAACCAUCCUCCUCCUCCUGUAACGUCUCAAAACCAUCGCCGUCAACUACUUUUCAAAAUAGUGGUUGUACUUCAAAUGGUCAAACUAGUCAAAAUGACACGUUAGCAUCAAUUUCAAAAUCAACUAAUGAUGAACAGUUAUGCCCCGUUUGCCUUACGAACAUGAAGAACAUGGCCUUCGGGUGUGGGCAUCAGACGUGUCACGAAUGUGGGGAAUCGCUUCAGUUGUGCCCAAUUUGUCGCGCCUCAAUCCAAACAAGAAUAAAGCUCUUCUAAAACUUGGUUUAUUUUACUGACAAUAUAGUUCUUCUUUUGGUGAACAUAUAUUUAGGUUUAAUUUUGGUGACUUUAAUAUGAAAACUUGAAAAAAAAAAAAAAAGAUGUGGGUGAUGAGAUUUUUUAAGAAAAGGAAAAUAUUUUGAGUUGGGUU